AUGUCGAAGAAAAAUAACCGAACGGUUAUAAAAAAGCGCCACGAUGUCGUCAAGAAGCAGAUGGUCGACCAGGAGCGCAAACGCCAGGAGCGCAACCACCUCAAGCAGCUCUGCAGCGGCGUAAAAUCGCAGGUAAAAUUUUGUGUAGUGUUUUACACCGUCAUUCAGUUACGGUCCAUCAGCCUCGGCCACUCGAGCCAACGUACCACUGACGCUCCCGUGGAGGACGUUGAGAUGAAGGACGCAAAGCGCGGCGUCCGUGGCACUAACUUCCUCAGAGUGGUAUCUGGUGGCCAGAUGAUCACGGCAAGGCGCAAAAAGGUCCUCAAGCAGUCUCUGAAGCGCCAGCGCAAACUCAACGCCGCUUAA